GAACUUGAGUGCGCUUUGGUACACGCGCCGUGUCACGCGUAACCUGUUGCAUUCCUAUCUGUACAUAGUCAGCUCUUGGUUACAGAUAACAGAGAAAAUACACUUCUCUCCUCUGAGAAGUGCGAAGAAACAAAAACGACUGAGAGGACUCUUUGAAUUAGUAUAUUUAGAGACACUGGAGAACAAAAGUGUUUUGCCGUUUGAAAACUAUUUAAAGCAUAGAGAUAGCGACAGAAUGCUUUGGAGAGUGUACGCGUUUGAUACCUUGCGUUGAUAUACAUAUUUAUUUUUGUCGUUUAAUAUUAAGUACAUGGUGCUACUAAAAGUACGAUAAGAUAAAAGUCCGACGACAGAGUUAACUGGCUGGGAGGUCCCUGUCCACAUCUUACUUCACCUGAGGAGAGUACCUUUGUUAACCUACGUAACAUUCAUGUGAGAUGGUAUUUUCCUGUUUUUCGUGUUGGGAAGGCAUCACUUAGGCAAAAGUCGUUUCAUGAUGAGGCUGCCAGUUUUGCUGUGCGUGGCCGGCUUGUGGAGGAUGCUUUUAGCGAACAGGAGCUGUCCGGACCUCAUCAUUGACAGUUGUCGCUGCACGUCGGAGAGAUCUAAAGAGCUGACUUGGCAGCACGUCCGUGUCAAGGUGGCGUGCAACGGCGUGGAGCUGCUGGAGACCCUGCAGCCGAGCUUCCUUCCAAACCGGACCGUAUCGCUGAUCCUCAGUAAUAACAAGAUCUCCAUAUUGAAAAAUGACUCUUUCUUUGGUCUUUCACAUCUUGAGAGACUAGACUUGAAGAAUAAUUUAAUUAGCACUAUAGAGCCUGGCGCAUUCCAUGGACUUACUUCACUACGGCGACUGGAUCUGUCCAACAACAGAAUUGGUUGCUUCUCUCCCGCAAUUUUCACUGACCUUGGAAAUCUUCUAAAGUUAAAUAUUUCAGGGAAUAUUUUCUCCUCUCUUCCCGAGGGAUUGUUUACUCACCUGAUGUCUCUGAAAAUAUUGCACUUCAGCUCAGAGACUCUUUUCUGUGACUGUCACCUGGGCUGGCUUCUCCUCUGGACACGGGCAAACUCAGUCCAUGUAGGCAAUGGCACAUGCUGUAUAUACCCCACUCACCUCCAUGGCCUGGACUUUCGCCAGCUGAAGGAGAGCCAGCUGAAAUGUGAUGGACCCCUAGAGCUACCACUGUUCCAGCUCAUCCCAUCCCAGAGGCAGCUGGUGUUCCCAGGCGACCGGCUGCCCUUGCAGUGCACGGCCUCCUACCUGGACUCCUCGGUGACACUGCAGUGGAGCCAUAAUAGGCAGGUCGUGCACACGCAAGAGGAGAAUGGCAUUUUCAUAGAGGAGAGCAUCAUUCAUGACUGCUGCCUGAUUACCAGUGAGCUCAUCCUUAGCAACAUUGAUAUGGGUGCGUCGGGUGACUGGGCAUGCCUGGUGACCAGUAUCCGGGGAAACAGCUCUAGAAGUAUGGAGAUAGUGGUGCUGGAGACGUCCACGCUCUACUGCCCUGCAGAGAGGGUCACCAACAACAAGGGUCAAUUCAGCAGGUGGCUAAAGACUUUGGCUGGAGUGUUGGCCUUUCAACCCUGCAAAUCUUACAAACAAAACCCCACUUCUCGGGGGAAAAAGGCUUGGAGAAGGUGUGACCGGGCGGGCAACUGGGCAGAAGAGGACUACAGCCAGUGCCCAUACACCAGUGAAGUGACUCGUGUUCUGCAUGAGCUCAGCCAGAUGGCUGUCAACGUCACCAAUGCACAGACCCUGGCUCAGCAGCUCUCAGCCUUCACCAGCAGAGCAGCGCACUUCAACGAUAUGAUGGAUGUCAUCUAUGUGACUCACAUCCUGGAGAGACUCAUACGCUACAUGGAUCAAAUUCAAGAUCUUGCCGACUACAUCGCAGACGUAGCCAGCAACAUGAUGCAGAUUGAGGAGCAUGUGCUGUGGAUGGCGCAGAAUGAAGCUCGGGCCUGCACCCGCAUCGUGCAGUGCGUGGAGCGCAUCGCUGACGUGCUCCUUUCCAGCCACACUCAGGCCGUAUCAAAGGCUUCUCCCAAUAUCGCCCUGAAGGCCUUCAUGAUUAAGCCAUCAGACUUCGUGGGAUUGUCCUGUGCAGCACUCCAGCAAGCUCCGCUGGCCCCUGACUGGGGGGGGCUGAGCCACGGAGGAGGUGACAGGCCCCCUGGAACCCCUGGGGAGUCACUGCUCAAUUUCACGUGCAACAGCGUCAACCUCAGUAGCCCCCUGGACGGACUUCUCGGCAAGAACACAGUGGCAGUCGUCUCUAUCCAAUUACCCCUGGCUGGUACUCCUAGAUCCCCUGCGUUGCAAUCUGUUGAUAACUCGACUUGCAAGCUGCACUUUAUUGUCUUUCGAAAUGGGAAACUCUUUCCUUGCACAGGGAAUUCAUCAAAUCUUGCAGAUGAUGGAAAACGCAGGAGUGUUUCAACACCAGUUGCUUUCACAAAAUUAGAUGGGUGCCGCCUCGGGAGCCUCUCCCAGUCCAUCACCAUCGCUCUGAGGCACUUCGCGCUGGGUGUAGACCCAACUGCAGCCUACUGGGAUUUUGACCUUCUAGAUGGACACGGGGGCUGGAGGGCAGAGGGCUGCCACAUAACGGGCUCUGCUGGAAACACCACCGUCAUUCAUUGUACACGCAACGAUAACUUCGCAGUGCUGAUGGAUCUGAAGAAGGUGCUGUCCUUCCCCCAUUACCCUGGCGAGUUCCUGCAUCCGGUUGUGUAUGCCUGUACAGCUGUCAUGUUGCUGUGCCUGUUUGCUUCCAUCAUUACCUACAUCGUGCACCACAGCACAAUCCGCAUCAGCAGGAAGGGAUGGCAUAUGCUCCUCAACUUCAGCUUCCAUACGGCACUGACCUUCGCUGUGUUCGCUGGCGGCAUCAAUCGAAUCAAAAAUCGCAUCAUUUGUCAAGCGGUCGGCAUCGUGCUCCACUACUCCACACUGUCCACCAUGCUGUGGCUUGGUGUCACCGCACGGAAUAUUUACAAACAGGUGACCAAGACGUCCCACCAGACACAGGACGGAGACCCACCCCCGAACCCCAAGCAGCCCAUGCUGAGAUUUUAUUUAGUCAGUGGGGGAGUACCCUUCAUCAUCUGCGGAAUCACAGCGGCCACAAAUAUCGACAACUAUGACAGCGGAGAGGAAGCGCCUUACUGCUGGAUGGUGUGGGAACCCAGCCUGGGAGCUUUCUACGGACCCGUGGCCUUCAUUGUUCUGGUGACCUGCGUCUACUUCCUGUGCACCUUCCUUCAGCUAAAACGGCACCCGGAGCGCAAGUAUGAACUGAGGGUCAUGACAGUGGAGCAGCAGCGGCUGGCCACGGCUGAGGUGGGUCACUGCCACGGCGGGGAGCCGGGGGCCACGUGCCCCGCAGGCCACCACCACACCUGCCCCAACGCCUCCAUGCUGGCCAAUGAGCACUCUUUCAAGGCCCAGCUGCGGGCCGCUGCGUUUACGCUCUUCCUCUUCCUCGCCACUUGGACCUUUGGCGCGUUGGCGGUCUCCCAGGGCUAUAUCCUGGACUUAGUAUUCAGCUGCCUGUAUGGGGCCUUCUCCGUCACCUUGGGGCUCUUCGUGCUCAUCCACCACUGUGCCAAGCGUGAUGACGUGUGGCACUGCUGGUGCUCCUGCUGCCCAUCCAGACGAAACGCCAACACCUGCGGAAGUCUGGGCCGCGGCCGGCCCAAGGUCAACAUCAAUGGGGACACCCAGGCUCACUGCCACCUAGACCCUCCCUGCCUGGGUCACGUCCACGGCCACGCGGCCUCCUCACACUGCAAACUCACCAACCUACAGAGCCCCGUGGCUUGUCUGUCGCCGGCAGCGCCCUGCUGCUCCGUCCUGCACAGCCAGCAGCUCCUGGAGGACGAGCCGCACGUCCACCUGCAUCGCUGCCUAAGGGGCAGGACUAAGCCGCGGCACUUCUCCCGCCACCGGGGUGGCGCUGGCGAGCGCGAGUACGCCUACCACAUCUCAUCCAGCGUGGACGGCGGCAGCGUACACAGCUCACACUCGGACAGCCCCCGCAGCAGCCAUGAGCGCCCCCGCUGCCACACCUGCCACCGGCACAUGUGCUGUGCCAAGGCGGACCUCUUCCCCACCUUGUGCCAGCCAGAGGGCGGCGAUGCCGGGACCCCAGGGAUUUACGCCUGCGGCAAGAUGGCCGACGACGACCUCGUGCACCAAGCCCAUAUGGAGAUGCACUCGCGCAGACAAUCAUACCCACAGAACCCACCCAAUCAGAACGGGAUUCUCAAAAGCAGCUUGCAUGAGGGCUUCCUGUACUCCUCUGACAGUACAGGUAAUAUACGCACUGGGCCUUGGAAAAAUGAAACUACCGUGUAGUUGACGGACUAUCAGUCCCUGGGUCCUUUAGGACAAAAUUGCAUUAUAAUGCUUUUCCUUUUUAUAUUACAUUUCUCUCUGUUGAAAUAUUUUUUACUUCACAGGUAUUUCCAUGUCUCUUCGUUUCAAAAUAUUUGAGAAAGGUCG